UUUUUAAUAAUUUUAUUUUCCUUCUCAUGCUACUCAGACACAAACGCGAUCCCCAACUACAGCCCCGUUUAUCACAUCCAUCAGCUCUCACGGCCUUUCGCCACGUGUCGUACAGGAUCAAUCCUGGGACCUACGCCCGUUCUGGAACUACCCAGCUCCCUCCAGUUUUCUAAACGCGACCACAACUUGUACACAACCAGGUUGAGCAGUCAAUCGGAAGCCUCCCCCUCCCACUCGCUGGCAACAACCUCUUCCGCCGGUGGCUUUGUAUUAAUUAGUAGCCGUGUUUCUAGGAGCUUAGGGUUUCGAUCAGCUGCUUCGCUGAGCAACGAGACCAGUAAUUCAGGGGAGAGCAUUUAAUUUAAAGACUUUCACUUUUUUCUCUAGUUCUGUCUCUCCGACCCUCUCUUUUUUUAUUGGAACGAUGUCGUUUCUCAGACGCAGAAAGGGAAAAGCUUCGGACUCAGAGCCGGCUCCGAUUGAAGACGAGAGUGAAAUAGAACAGGAAAACCAGAAGCACAAGCAAAAGCAAAAGCUUCCCAGUAAAGAUGGAGGGAAGCCACAAAAGUGGUCCUGCGUCGAUAGCUGUUGUUGGUUCAUUGGGUUCAUAUGCUCGAUCUGGUGGUUCUUGCUCUUCUUGUACAACGCAAUGCCCGCUUCUUUUCCCCAGUUCGUGACCGAAGCGAUAACGGGUCCUUUGUCUGACCCGCCGGGCGUGAAAUUGAGGAAGGAGGGGCUCGUGGCCAAGCACCCUGUGGUCUUUGUGCCUGGGAUUGUGACCGGCGGGCUUGAAUUGUGGGAAGGGCAUCAGUGUGCUGAUGGGUUGUUUAGGAAGAGGCUAUGGGGUGGCACAUUUGGUGAAUUGUACAAAAGACCGUUAUGCUGGGCUGAGCACAUGUCUCUGGAUAAUGAAACGGGACUAGACCCUUCGGGUAUAAGGGUCAGGCCCGUAUCUGGCCUUGUGGCAGCUGAUUAUUUUGCACCAGGUUAUUUUGUCUGGGCAGUUUUAAUUGCUAAUUUGGCUCGCAUUGGAUAUGAAGAGAAAACCAUGUAUAUGGCUUCGUAUGAUUGGAGAUUAUCGUUUCAAAAUACCGAGGUUAGGGACCAAACGUUAAGUAGGAUAAAGAGUAAUAUAGAGCUUAUGGUAGCUACAAAUGGUGGUAACAAGGUGGUUGUUAUUCCGCACUCAAUGGGUGUUCUGUACUUUCUGCAUUUUAUGAAGUGGGUUGAGGCACCAGCUCCAAUGGGUGGUGGUGGUGGGUCAGAUUGGUGUGCUAAGCAUAUUAGAGCUGUAGUGAACAUCGGUGGACCCUUUCUAGGGGUCCCAAAAGCCGUUGCGGGACUUUUCUCUAUUGAAGCCAGAGAUAUUGCUGUUGCCAGGGCUUUCGCACCAGGUGUUUUGGAUAAGGACGUUUUUGGGCUCCAAACAUUACAACAUAUGAUGCGAAUGACCCGUACGUGGGAUUCAACUAUGUCAAUGAUACCAAAAGGCGGGGACACUAUAUGGGGUGGCCUUGAUUGGUCCCCUGAAGGAUACUGCAAUUGUAGUGCAAAGAAGGUGAAGAAUAAUGAUACCAAUACUGCAGCUGAAAACAGAGUAAAUUAUGGGAGGAUUAUAUCAUUUGGGAAAGAUGUAGCGGAGACACAUUCCUCCAAGAUUGAGAUGAUUGAUUUUAGGGACGCUGUAAAGGGUAAUAACCUUGCGAACGCUACCCAUUGUGAUGUAUGGACAGAGUACCAUGAAAUGGGUGUUGGGGGUGUCAAAGCUGUUGCAGAUUACAAAGUGUACACAACUGAAUCAGUUUUGGAUCUGUUUCGUUUUGUUGCCCCCAAGUUGAUGACACGUGGGGAUGCUCAUUUUUCAUAUGGGAUUGCCAACAAUUUGGAUGACCCGGAAUAUGAACACUUCAAGUAUUGGUCGAACCCCCUGGAAACAAAAUUACCAAAUGCUCCGGAUAUGGAGAUCUAUUCUUUGUAUGGAGUUGGAAUCCCGACUGAAAGAGCAUAUGUAUACAAGUUAACUCCAACUGCUGAAUGCUACAUUCCCUUUCAGAUAGACACCUCAGCAGAAGGUGGAAGUGAGAACCCUUGUUUAAAAGGUGGAGUUUUCUCCUCUGAUGGGGAUGAAACUGUUCCAGUUUUGAGUGCAGGCUUCAUGUGUGCUAAAGGUUGGAGGGGUAAGACCCGAUUCAAUCCUUCAGGCAUCCCUACUUACAUAAGGGAGUACGACCAUGCCCCUCCAGCUAAUCUUCUAGAGGGUCGGGGCACCCAGAGUGGUGCUCAUGUUGACAUAAUGGGGAACUUUGCAUUAAUUGAGGAUGUUUUAAGAGUGGCAGCCGGUGCUAAGGGAGAGGAUUUGGGUGGAGAUAAAGUGCACUCUGAUAUUUUCAAAUGGUCUGAAAACAUCAACUUAGAUCUCUGAUUUACAUGGUAAUCUGGUGCUUGAAGAUACACCCGAUGAAUUAUCGGUUGCCGUAGUGGUUGCGAAUUGUGAUUAUGGCGAAGUUCUUGUAUUUGAUUUGAAACCUAAGAAAUGAAUAGCAGAUUGCUGAAACAAACCCUUCCGGGUUUAUGUUGUCAUCUAUAUGUACUCUGCAGUCUCGAUUUAUCUGAGGAGCCCCGAAACAGCUUCAAGAAUGGGAUCCCACGUCAUGCCGGGCUCCUACCAAUUUAGGUGUAGCUAGCUUUUACAGUUCAUAUAUAGCUCCCUGGGAUUUUGGAUAUUCAAUUAAUUUAUUGGAUAUUGUCAAUAAAUUAUUUAAUAUAUCAGUGUAAUGGUUCUUCUA